UAGAGGAAGUCAACAGCGAUACAAUUGCAGGGCAUACUGAACCACUGAGCAUCAUCUCCGCAGUCUUCCUCUCAUCCCGGCAGAGUGACCCAACGAACUGACUGGCCAGCAGCCUCGCAGCCGUCAAUGGCUGCCGCUUCAUCCAAAUACCAGAGCACAAACGGCAUGUGAAUGGCGGCAGAAAGCAGCAGAGUUGUCACAGAGGAGCAGGAGGAGCUCCAGGCAGCCUCCGGAACCAUCACUCCAGCCUACCAGCACACACACACCCGCAGUCAGAGCCACAUCCAGUUUCACCUUGUGACACACUGGCAGGCGCCCCGUCUUCUCGCUCACACCAGGAGUCACAGCCACUCUCACUUCAGCACUCCCUCCAGGAUCACACACAGCCUCUCAGCCAUGACCAAGGGCGAGAACGGAGCACAGGGCUCAGCAGGGAAGCCCACCGAACCAUUGUUUGCCAAAACCCCUCACCAGACCGACUUGAGACACAAGCUGUCAUUAUGCAGUAAACUGUGUUUUGCCAUUGGCGGUGCACCCAAAGAAGUGGCCGCGAGUGCCACUGCCUUCUUCCUGCAAAUCUACCUGCUGGACGUAGCCCAGAUCAACGCAGUUGAGGCCUCUAUGGUGCUGUUCAUCGGAAAAGCCUGGGGUGCGGCGACCGACCCUAUUGUGGGAUUCUUCAUUACAAAGAGCGAAUGGACCAAGAUUGGACGACUGAUGCCGUGGAUGUUGGGUUGCACUCCGUUCCUUGUGGUGUCCUACUUUUUCCUCUGGUUUGUUCCUCCUUUCACCAGUGGCCGUUUCAUCUGGUAUCUGGGCUUCUACUGCCUCUACCAGACUCUUGUCAAUUGUUUCCACGUGCCUUACUCUGCUCUCACCAUGUUCCUGAGCACAGACCAGAAGGAGCGAGACUCAGCCACUGCCUACAGAAUGACCAUGGAGGUUCUCGGCACCCUCGUGGGUGCUGCCAUCCAGGGUCAGAUUGUUGCCAGCGCCCACAGGAUGAAGCAUUGCCCAACACCCAACAUCACCUUCGGGUACAUCGUCAACAGCAGCAGCGGGGCGGAGAUCGUGAAGACCCAGGUUCACCCUCAGGACCACUUGUUACAUUCUAAAGAGGUUUACAUGCUGGCAGCAGGCAUCAUUGGAGCAGUGUUUCUUGUGUGCACUCUGGUGAUGUUCCUGGGAGUCAAGGAGAGAGAAGAUCCAUACGCUCCAAAGACAGAGAAGCAGAUUCCAUUUCAUCAGUCUUUCUGCAUGGUGAUGAGACACGGGCCGUACCUGAUUUUGACCGCUGCCUUCCUCUUCGUCACUGUCGCCAUCCAGCUGAUUCAGAGCAACUUCGUCCUCUUCUGCACCUACGCGGCCGAUCUGAGGGAUCACUUCCAGAACAUAGUGCUGACCAUACUGGUUUCUGCAGUGAUCAGCAUCCCGCUGUGGCAGUGGUUCCUACAGAGGUUUGGGAAGAAGACAGCAGCUUUCUGUGGCAUCACUUGGAUCAUGCCGUUUACGCUCAUGCUGGUGUUCAUCCCGAAUUUGGUGGUGGCCUACGUCGUGGCCGUGUCUUCGGGACUGAGUGUGGCGGCCUCUCUCUUGUUGCCCUGGUCCAUGUUGCCAGAUGUGGUGGACGACUUCAGGCUGAGCAACCCCUACUGCAAAGGUCACGAGGCCAUCUUCUACUCCUUCUACGUCUUCUUCACCAAGUUCGCAGCUGGCAUCUCCCUGGGGGUGUCCACGCUGUGUCUGCAGUUUGCCGGCUACGACACAGGCGCGUGUAAACAGCCCCCUCCGGUGGUCUACACCCUGAAGCUGCUGAUCGGUGCUGCGCCUGUUGCUUUCAUCGUCGCUGGGCUAAUGGUACUGCUCUUCUACCCCAUCAGUGAACGGGUCCGGCUCAGGAAUAAGCAGCACCUCGAGGAACUCCGGAAACAAAGCAUCGGCUCCAGAACAAUGGAGGAUCUGAACAGCGUCUGACCUGCAAAUGAAUUCAUCAAUCUUCCAGGAAGUGACUUGGAAGUGCAUCCAUUAGUGUAUAUUACACUGAGAAAUAGUUUACUGUAAACAUUUUUUGUUUCAUCUUCACAUGUACUGUAUAGUCAUCUUGCUAUCAUAGACUUACAUAUGAAACUACCUUAUUUAUAUACAUGAAUGUAUACAUUUUUGCUGUGUUUGCUCUAUGACACUGUAUUUUAUUUAUGAAAUGAAAAUAUUGAUCUUGAAUGUUGUUGGUUGCUUGACAGAAUGUUUUGCUGUGUUUAUUUGCAGAGCAACUGAAGUAUUGUGGUGUGUAAUUGACAAAACUGUAAGUUACAAAUCAAGACAAUCAUAGUAUAGUGAAAUAGGAGCAAAGAAAAGCCCAUAUUAUUCUGUUUUUUUUUAACAUUUGAAAUCUCAGUGAUAUUGUCAAAUUCACAUGAGCUCCAGUGGUCCUUGUAGCUGGAUAUAGGAACUUUUUUUUUAUUGAUUAAUAUAAAUAUAUUCCUAAUAUUCAUGGUACAAAAAGGGUUUUCUGGACAUUUGCACACUACCUUAUUUGAGAAUAAAACGUAUUUUGCAGAAUUAGUCUGUAACAUGAAGGAUUUGCAUUUUGUCAAGCAACUAUGAUUAAUAAA